CCUUUCCUUUAUUGUCUGAGGUUUCUGGUGGAGGUGUUGACAGACACCGCAUGUACCGCCCGUGUUGGGGAAUAACGUGAUCUAAGGUAAAGGUGUGUGCGGGCACCACCCAUCAGUGCAGGAACAGGAUGUGAUGUCACAGCGCUAGCCAUUUUCUGUCCAGCAUUGUGUUUGCGAGCGGGGACCCCCUCCCGCUCCAAGGACAGGACAUGUUCGAAGCCAAAUCCCGGGCGGUGGAGAAGAAGGAGUCGAGCACGGAGACAGAUGAGGGGCUGGGCAGCAGCGGGAGGCAUUAUGGCUCCGGCUCGCUGGGCUCUGGUUCGGCCGGCUCCGUCUACCUGUCGGACAGCCAGGACUGGGUGGUCUCCCCGAGCUGCUCUCCGGACGAAGGCCCCGGCCCGCACAGUGCCAUCUCCCCCAUACUGGCCGAGGAGACGUUCCGCUACAUGACGUAUCUUGCUUUGGAGCCCUCUUCUUAUUCCCACCCCGGCUCUCAGAGCCUCUCCAAAGUCCUCAGUGCUGAUCGCGUGGAGCAGAUGACCAAGACUUACAAUGACAUGGAAGUGGUCACGCAACUUUUGGCUGAGCGGGACAGAGACUUGGAGCUUGCAGCUCGGAUCGGUCAGUCACUUCUGCAGAGGAACCACCUGCUGCAGGAACGCAACGAGGCCUUAGAGGAGCAACUAGCACAGGCCCUGGACCAGGUUCACCAGCUGCAGCACGAGCUCAGUAAGAAAGAUGAGUUGUUGCGGAUGGUGGCCAGCGCUUCGGAGGAGAGCGAAACCGACUCCAGCGUGUCCACACCGCUGCGGCAGCCCCUGCCACCUGGGGGAACCACCGCCGCUGCGGCACUCAGCCAGCUGGAGUUUCUGCAGAGCAAGCUGCAGGACCUGGAGGAGGAGAACCUGGCACUGAGAUCUGAGGCAUGUCAACUGAAGAGCGACACCAUCACCUACGAGGAGAAGGAACAGCAGCUUGUGAGCGACUGUGUGAAGGAGCUCCGCGAGUCCAACAGCCAGAUGGUGUCUCUGACAGAUGAACUGUCUCAGAAGAAUGAGGAGCUGCUCAGACACCAGGAGGAAAUCGCUCAGCUGCUGUCCCAGAUUGUGGAGCUGCAACACAGAGUGAAGGAGCUGGCUCUGGAGAAAGAGGAGCUGAGGAUCCACCUGCAGGCCUCUAAAGAUGCUCAGAGACAGCUCACAGCAGAGCUGAACGAGUUGGCGGACAGGAAUGUGGAGUGCGUAGAGAUGCUCCAUGAGUCCCAGGAGGAGAUCAAAGAGCUUCGCAGUAAAAACACUCCCUCUGCUGGGAUGCGAAGGCACCUUUCCUACGGCCUCUACCCCAUGGACUCUCUGGCAGCUGAGAUCGAGGGCACCAUGAGGAGAGAGUUGAGUGUAGAAGAAGAGAUUGCCUUUCAGGACCAAAGAGUAUCCCAGAAGCGAGUCUUCCAAACAGUCCGCUCCAUCAACUCCUCAUCCACAUCGCGGCCAGCUUCAGCCACUCCUCCUAUCCCCGGCUCAGGCCAGAGCUCUCUAGUGAUGACUGCACAGCCCUUCCAGUCCGUUCAGGGGGAGGAGGUGCGACUGGGCCAGCCUGGCUCUCCUGGAGGAAACGACCUGACGAGAGCUCUCCACCGCCUGUCGCUGCGGCGGCAGAACUUCCUCUGCGAGCGCCAGUUCUUCCAGGCGGAGCGCGAGAGGAAGCUGCAGGCGCUGGCGGGGGCAGACGGAGACGGCGAGGGCAGCGGCUGCAGCUCGCCGAUGGGCAGCGUGCUCUCCUCUUUCUCCAACCUGUCGGAACUCUCCUUCAGCUCCAGCGUGUUCAAGACCUUCCUGCCUGAGAAGCUACAGAUCGUCAAGCCCAUGGAAGGCUCUCUGACGCUCCAUCACUGGCAGCAGCUGGCCAAACCACACCUGGCCACCAUCCUGGACCCCCACCCUGGGGUGGUGACCAAGGGUUUUUGCCCGCUGGUUCAGGAUGCGGUCUACCGCCUGUCCGACAUGGAAGAGGACGAGGAGGAUGAAGAGUACAGAGGGACCUGUGCCCUGGAGAAGGGGGCGUCAGAGCGGGGUAAGGAAGAGGAGGAUGAGGAAGAGGAGGAAGGCGGGAUCACCUUCAAGGUGCGUGUUUCGUCUACGCCGGAGGAGAAGAAGGACAGAAAGCAUUCGGUGUCGCCUCUCCCUGUCACGCCUCUCCCGCCCCCCCUGCCGACGUUGCCUGAGACGCCUGCCACCUCCUCCCCAGUCCCAUCAACCCUCUGCAUGACCCCCGCACCCCAACACCUCACUGAGAAAUCCAGCCUGUCAUCUCAGCCCACACCAGCUGUCUGCACAACAACGGUCCAAUCACAAAUUCAAGUCAUUUGCACCUCGACAUCAACAACAACAUCUUCCUCUGUCCAAAAUCCAGGCAAGUGUCAGAGCUCCACCUUCUCCACCUACACCUUCACAACGUGUCGCAUCCUGCACCCCAGUGACAUCACACAGGUCACCCAAAGUUCUCAGUCGUGCCUCUUGGCCAACACACCCAGCUCCAUGAGGACAGGUCCCAGUACCCCUGUAACUCCUUGCAGGCUGAGUCUGGGUGACUCAUUUCCCCCUCGACGCCCCCCUGCACCUCCCUGCGGCCUGGCCAAGCUGGUUCUUGAGAGAGGCAUUUCUGCACAAGUCUCCACUGGCACCCCCCCUUCAUCCCCGAAACCCACAUCCCGACAGCCCCUCUUCCACCUCCUCCCAAGCACACCCCCUAACUCCCCCUCACACUCCCCUGCUCCCUCCCCGGUGCCGAUGGAGCCCCGCCAACACCCGGCUGACAAUUUCCUAGCAUCGCGGCCAGCAGAGCUUUUUCUCCAGGACGUUUACGGGUUGAAUUUGGGCCGUGCACCACAUCCCGACCUACCGAGCUCAUCCCAGGAAACCCCAGCCCUCAUCCCGUCCCUUAAGCCAGGCAGAGCCAGGCCCGACCCAGUCAACGUCGGCCUAGUGGAGAGGCUGCGGCGGCUGGGAUUCACCAAGGUGCUCCAGGGUGCAGAGUCGGAGGCCUCAGUGCCACGCCAGGAUUCUGCUACUUUCGUGUCAGCAAGCGGAGGAAGCCUAUUGGACGGCCUGAGGCGCAACCAGAGCCUUCCGGCGAUGAUUGGCGCGCGAGCGGGGAAGUCAUCCGUUAACCCAACACCCCCUCCUCACCCAACUUCCCUGGCCCUCCCCCCAUCACCCUGGGGAAACCUCAAAGAACGGCGCCGGCAUCUUGCCUCUGUCUCCCAUUUCCCGUCGAGUUCAUCCAAACGCUGAGGGGACGAGGUGUAAGGACCAGAAGGGCACACGCUCCAGAACAUGAACCCAUGUUUUACACCUCCACCCUCUUCAUCCUCCCCUCAUCUCUCCUCCUUUCUGCCUUUGGAGAGAGGAGUCAGGGCUUCUGGUGGGCAGAACGAUCCCUCCUUUUUCUGACUUAAUUUUAAAGCACAAUUUAACUAAACUGACUGUUUCUAGUGAUACCGCAGUGUCUGUGUUUGUAUAUGUAUACCAUGAUGCUAGUUAUUGAGGCCUUAGCUUGCCUCUGAGUGGGUUAUUGAGCUCCUGAUACCUUCUCAGUCAUGUAUGAAUCUUAUUUAGGUUGUAUAGUUUCUCUGUGAGGCUCUGGAUGUUCAGGUACAGGUAGAGGAGGUGGUGGGCAGGAGGAGAUGAAAUGCAAGUGAAUGAAGGUUUGUGGAUGUGGAUGAGACAAGAAGAUGAAGGUAUGAAAAGAAAGGAGAGUGCAGUCUUUGCAUGUUUAUUAAUGUCAGAAGAGAAAGUGAGAGAAAGACUGAGCAUCCAGAGUCUUGCUAUUUUAAGGGCUUGUUCAGUAGUGGGUUGGAAAAGCUUUAGUCUGUAAUAAAACAGUAUCAUCUGCAAAUAAAAACUCUUACAGUCAGAGAAGGGAUUCAACAACAUACUUUUAUUACUUACUGACUAGACUUUUAAGUGCUAGCUGGCUUAACGGCACACUGCCAGGCUAAUCUUGUAGUCAGACCAUGCUCUUAACAUGCCAGUAUUAAUAUAAUGAUUUUACGGUAGUCCAUUGUUUUGCACGGAUGUCUGGUGACCGUCCAUGUGCCGUCCUCCCCCGUUUUUUCCUCCCCCGCCUCUUGCAAGCGACUGCAUGGCAUGUCAAAAAGUGGGCCUUGCCUACAGGUCCCAGCAUGCACCCGUCGGCAGGCGGGUGGGGCCAGGCUGAAGGCGAGGUCAGAACCAUAUCAGACACCAGGUUAUGAAAAAAGAAUGGGUCUGCCUUUUGCUUCAGGUCCUUGUGUUGCGUGUGUUUUAUUGGUAUGAGGCCUUAAGUAGAAGCCAGCACUGUUAUGAUUUGUGUUCCUGUUAAGCCAUGUUUGUAUAUAUAUUAGUUGCACUCAGUGGAAUUUGGAGGUUGUGUUUGUGUUAUUUUGAGGAUCACUGCUUGGUUGAAAACAUUUCACCACGGCCUCUGGCCUUUUUAGUAGGAAAAAAAUGGGAAUUUUAUCAUUUCAGUUCUCAGGCCCGUGGGAGGUUCAGGUUCAAUCUGUUAAGAGGGAAAAACCAUUGACACAUUAUUUGAGUUGUGUAUCACAUACAGGUUUAUUAUGUGUGGUUAUUUUCUGUGUUUUUAAAACGUGUCUCAAGGACAUAUGUGGUUCACACACUGGCCAGCAGGUGGGGCUAUUCCUGUGGGCCUGCAUAUUAAGUUAUUUACUUUAUAAUAUCAUGUAGGAAGCAUAGAGCUUUGUGCUUGACCCCUGUGACCCUUCAACCUUCAGUGCUGCUGUCUAUAACACUCAUCAAUCCAACCAGACCCCCCCCCCACCCCACUCAGCUACUGCACUUUUACUUUUAUAUUUAACCUUUGUUUUACUGACAUCACUAUAUAGAUCCUAACAUAUUAACGAGAAAGUUAAGCAUAAUGUGUGCCUGUUGUAACAAUGUCGGCUAACAUUUUGACAUAAGAUUUUAAUAUAUGUAGCAAUAUUUUUGUGUUUUUUUUGCUUUCCACGUGUAGAGGCCCACAGAAGGGAAUCCAAAUCAAGCCAAAAGUUUUAUUUUGAAGAAAUGGAAUACUCCGGCUUACACAUGACAUGUGAUGCUUAUUCUGCGAUCACGUGUUUAACAAAGGAGGAAGAGCUUCAGUUUAAUGUGUGGUAGGAACGGAGAGAAGAGCACAUCCAGACUGUUCAUAUCUUCUUGUAGUUGUCAUAUCUGCUGUUUCCCAGUAAAUCAGGAGGUUCAGGUUUGUGUCUUUCUUUGGCUCAAAUAGAAAGUGUGAUCAUGUAAACUACUCAUGGCUAUUAUUCAGUUGCCUCUUUUUUUUUUUUAAAUAAACCAAUGGAAACAAAGCCACUGA